CUGGAUUAAAAUGACUUCGAGGGCUCCCGGGUGAUGCGUGUGUGAGUGUGUGUGUGCGCGCGGUGUGAGCGAAUGCAUGCCAGCCAUUGGUUCAGCAACCAACCAAUCAGUGUCAUCAGAGGAUCUCGGCGGUGGAAACCACGGUCAGGAUCUCAGAGUUGGGAGAGAGAUUUUGGCACCAGCGCAGAGAGGACGUCGACCUCUCCUCCUGACACCGUCAUCUCUUUAUUCUGUCUUCGCGUGUUUGUGCUUUAACACACACACACACACACACACAGACAACGAAGUCGAAGUCUUACAGACACCGGGAUGUAUACGACCGGGCUCAACCCGUUUUACGCGUCCAACUUCAGUCUCUGGUCCGCGUACUGCGCGGGCGGCUUCGCCGUGGACUCCAUGAAGAAACCUUCCUUUUGCAUCGCAGACAUCCUGCAGGCUGGAGAGGCGGAGAACAUCCCCGCAUCUUCUGCUCUCGUGGUGCACAUGGGACACCACCAUCACCACCACCAUCACCAGCAGCAGCGUGCGCAGCAGCAACAGCAGCAGCAGCAGCAGCACUCGGGCACUUCACCGCUGCGCCCUUCGCCCGUGGCGCCGGACGCGUCAGUGUACGGUGCGCGGUUGAGUCCGGCAUCUCCGUACCACAGACACGGACUACAGUUGACCUCAGUGUCCAGAACUGCUUUUAACUCCCAGCAAGCCCCGCCACCGUCCAGCAAAGACCUCAAAUUCGGAAUUGAUCGGAUAUUGUCCGCCGAUUUUGACCCGAAAGGAAAAGACAAGUCUUCGUUAAGAGAUCUCACGUCCAUCAUUAGCUCCAACCGUCAGUCAGGGAUCCACAUCCCGGUUCAGCCGCCAGCCAGCCAGUACUUCUCCUCCAUAGACCCCGGGAUGAGCGACGCGUCCUCCAUGAUGAGUUCACUAGGCAGCAGCAGCAGCAGCAGACAAUCAGGCCAGCAUCAGUUUCAGGACACUUUCCCAGGUAGUCCACACAUGUGGGACUGUAGCAGACAGGAGCAUCAUCCCAGGAGGAAACACCUUCUCAGCCUGUCCGUCCUCCACACCUGUCUUCCAGGUCCGUAUGCCGUCCUCACCAAAGACACCAUGCCACAGACCUACAAGAGGAAGAGGUCGUGGUCCAGGGCGGUGUUCUCCAACCUGCAGAGAAAAGGACUGGAGAAGAGGUUUGAAAUCCAGAAGUACGUCACCAAACCGGACAGAAAACAGCUGGCGGCCAUGCUGGGGCUGACGGACGCUCAGGUCAAAGUGUGGUUCCAGAACAGACGCAUGAAGUGGAGACACUCCAAAGAAGCACAGACCCAGAAGGACAAGGACAAGGACGAGAAGUCCGCCGACAAGAGCGCGUCCGAGUCCGGCUGCAGGGAGUCCAGGGAGGCCGCCGAGUCCGAGUGCGACAGCGAGGCCCGGAGCGAGUCCGAGUGCGAAGACGUUCCGGCAGCGGCCGUCAUACCUGACGAUGAUGACGAGGAGGAGGAAGAGGAGGAGGACAUGAUGGACAACUCCGACAUGGGACACGACCGCGGGACUCUGGACAUUUGUGAGCACACGAACAAAACCAGCGUCAUCAUGAGCGGGAGCUGCGGCGGCGGCGGCGGCGGCGCGCCAACACCCGCGACCACGGCCUCGACCACGGACAGUGCGCCGCUGAUAUGAAGGCCAUGAUGAACAAGGACGAUUUUUAUUAAAAUUAUAAUAAUAAUUAUUAUAUUUUGAUUUUUUUUGACGGAAGAACGACAGACUGGAUCGUUGCGCACUUGUCCCAAAAAUAUUGAAAAACAACCAAAGACAGACCUUAAAACACAAGCAAAAUGACAAAAUUCAUUUUAAAUAAAUUCCCUGUUUUUUUUUUUUCUUUUUAUGUUUUGAGGUUGAAACCACUGAUUUCAGUCGUUUUCAAAAUCUGGGUCAGGGCCCACAAACAGCUCCUGUAUAAAUAUUUUGGGGUCGCCGGCUUUUGAAAUAAAACAUUGCAGAUUUUUUUUGUAAGGCUUUUAUUUGAGAUUGUUUAAGAGUUAUGGGUUAUCUUUGUUUACAUACAGACACUGUGAUUUUAGUUUAAUCUGGAUUCAUAAAGAAAACAAACACACGAGCACAAAGGUUGAUUUCCUGGUUUAUUGAUUUUUUUAAAAAAGACAGAAAUAAAUGUAAUUUUCUGAAUGA